GCAGCCAGGCCGGGUCGUCAGUGCUGGUGUGGCCGUGGCGGAGCCGGCUGUGUGUCUGUGUCAGUGUUGCGGUGCGGGACUCUCUCUCGCCGAGGUACCGAGUGAGUGUGUAGGUAGCGGGCCUGUGAAUGCGCAUCCUGUCGUAGUGGUGCUCAAGUGUGCUCGCUCAGGGUCGUAGCGCAGGACUCGCUUCUUUCCAGCUUCACCGCCGCUACCGCCUGUUCUCGCUCACCCUUAGAUCGACUCGAGCCCACAGUGAGGCUCCGCUCCUCACACCGGAGACCCUCGGCGACGCUUCUCAUUCCAGUCACAUAAUAUCAAGGAAGUCAAUAACUGAGAGUUCUUGACGCGAACUCCGUAUGUGUGUGUGUGAGUGAGGCUGUCACGCUGCUUUGUUGAAAAGUAGUGUAGUGACGCGUGAUCAGCCUAACCGUUUGUACUCCAACGUGACUUUGGAGGAUAUAAGACAAUAGAUAUUACAAUUGUCUUGUGUUACAUUCCUAAGUGUAAUUUGGAAACUUAAUAGUGAACCUAAACCUCGUAAUGAAGGAGGAAGGAAGCGUGGCCGCUCACUCAGAGACGCUGCGGGCACUCAACCUGCAGCCUCCUAAGAUACGCAGCCACCUCGACUUGCUGUCUGACCCCCUGGCUCCCCUCCGCGGUCCCGCCAACCCCGCCCCGGCACACCCCCGCCUCAUUGCCACCCGCAGCCUCAGGGGUGUGUUCCAGUCACGCCUCAACGGGCCUCUGGGCUCCCUGCAGCCGCCCGCUUCCCAGGGAUCCCAAAGCCCCGCCUCGGCUGCCAGGUCACCUCGGGCGUUGAAAAGACUGGUUGGGCGCCACGCCCGCCCGCAGCGUGCCAGGAGCCAGCCAGCCUCAGGGAAGGAAAACUUUACGACCUUUGAAGAAGAUGAAGAUGAGGGAUUUGAAGACGUGUGGGCGUGCAAUGGGCGGGAGGAGCCUCGACCAAUGCUCACUAGACGUAACACUGAAGGCGCUGACACCAGGUGGGCAGGAGAUCUCACCCGCCUCUCCUCGGCGCUGGACCAGCUGGCAGCCCUAUGUAACGCCACGCAGCGGCCUCACAGUGCCCUGGAGUCAGGCGGCAUGAUCCGUGGGGACGCGCACCUCAAUCACAUUCACGGUGGCGUUCACCCGCCCCCUAAUCCCCUCCCGGCCAACGUGUCUCCAACCUGCCCUGUCCAUGGCACCAACGCCAUCCUGGCCCACACCCUCCUGGCCUCCCAGCCCUCCCUGGAGGGUGGCCGCGCCUCCCCUAAAACCACCCACCACCACCCGUUCGAGAGUGACUCUGGCGGCAGCUCAGGUGGUCACGUGGUCUCCAACCCUCCCUCGCCUGUUGGAGUGUCUGGAAACCGGGAGGCCACUGCAGGAGUGGCCAAGAGAAUGGGCGUGGCAUUGCGUGCUCUGGGCGGGCGGCUGGUUGCUUGGGGCAGGGGCGGCGAGGUGUCGCAAAACUCCACGCAGCUCUCCUCUUCAUCAUCAUCGUCGUCCUCCCCUGUGACUGGCAGACAUGCAGGACACCCAACGCCCAGCCCGACGCCUCCCAACGGCCCGCACUCAGACAUGAUGCCGAGACUGCCCAAGUGGCCAUAUACGUCCAAUUCGGUGAAACGGAAUACUAUCACGGCAAAGCCACCCAAACCACUCCCCCCGUUGCCGCACAAGCCGAAACCCUCGCCUAGACACAGGAAGGUGGUGGUGGCCCUGUAUGACUACGAUGCCACGACAGCCGGGGAUAUGUCACUCCGGAAGCAUGACGAGUUGGAAGUGUUGGAUGACACACAGGAACACUGGUGGAAGAUGAGGAACAUCAGGACUAAAGAGGAAGGCUUUGCUCCAAGUAACUAUGUGAGGGACCAGGGCAGUCUUCAGCAGUACGAUUGGUAUCUUGGCGAUGCCACCAGACAUCGAGCAGAAGUGCUGUUGAUGAAGCAGGAACGGGAAGGAGGUUUUGUUGUCAGAAACUCCACAACCAACUCGGGAAUCUACACGCUUUCUGUCUUUUCAAAACACCUCCCCAGAUCUCGGCCACAAGUGAAACACUACCACAUAAAGAAGGACCAGGAAGGACACUACUAUCUUUCACACCAUAUCAAAUGCCCAACCAUCCCUGAAUUAAUUUAUAGACACCAGCUCAACCCUGCUGGCUUGUGUACAAGACUCAGGCCAAUUUCACAAGGAAGAGAGGCACCAACAACAGCAGGACUGGGACAUGACAAAUGGGAAGUUGAUCCCAAUCAGUUAAAUCUGAUGGAAGAGUUAGGCUCUGGUCAGUUUGGUGUGGUGCGGCAUGGUAAGCUCGGAUCAUUGCAUGUUGCUGUCAAGAUGAUGAAAGAAGGAACUAUGAGUGAGGAUGAGUUCAUUGAGGAAGCUAAAGUAAUGAGACAACUGAGGCAUCAAAACUUGGUCCAGCUGUAUGGAGUCUGUAGCAAGCGUCGUCCCAUUUACAUCGUCACAGAAUACUUGUGCCAUGGUUCUUUGCUGAAUUACCUCCGUGACAAUGAAAGAACCUUGUUGAAUAACACUGUUGUCUUAGACAUGUGUUCACAGGUGUGUAAUGGUAUGGAGUAUUUAGAAAAGAAGAAAUUCAUUCACCGUGAUUUAGCAGCAAGAAAUUGUCUGGUAGGAGCUAAUUCUGAAAUCAAAGUGGGAGACUUUGGAUUAGCACGGUAUGUUGUUGACGAUGAGUAUAACAGCUCAGGCGGUGCAAAGUUCCCAAUAAAAUGGGCUGCUCCUGAGGUGCUCAACUUUAUGAGAUUUUCCUCAAAGUCUGAUGUAUGGGCAUUUGGAGUAUUGAUGUGGGAAGUAUACACCUGUGGGAAGAUGCCAUAUGGAAGAAUGAGAAACCCUGAAGUGGUCGAGAUGGUGCAGAGUGGACGUGUUCUUGAGCAGCCAAGAUACUGCCCAGAUGAAGUUUAUAGUAUUAUGCAGCACUGUUGGACUCCAAUUGCUGAAUCCCGGCCAUCAUUCAGUGAAAUUCGAGAACAGUUUGGGAUUAUUUCUGAUGAAUGAACACCACAUAGCCACUGUACCCCCUCACCCCCGCUCACACUAUAUAUUAUGGGUUUACAUGGCUACUUGUAAACAAUGCAGACCAUCAAGCUAAAAAAAAUAUGCAAAAAAUUUGUUUUUAAUCACUUGCAAUAUUGUGAAUGACAUUCUUAAGGUGUGCAAUUAGUUGUAAGAUUUUAUAAAAUGAAUUAACACUUGUGAUAAUGGAUUCUUAUAAAUGGUAAAUUCUUGAAACUUGAAAAAAAUUGUAGUACUUAAGUAUUAUUUAAGCUGUACAUAUUGCCUAUAACUUUUUACAUCAUGUAGAUCACUUUUCCUCUUGCAGUUGUUGUAACUUGAUUGAUUACAGUUUUACUACUCUUUAUGAAGACUUCUAUUUCAGGGUAAAAGCAAUUUCAAAUUUUAUUUGAAAAGAUGAAAUUGUAGAGGAUUUAGGCAGAAAUCUAAUCCCCAAGUUAGUGGUAAUGAUAAAAAAUCUGGUAUUUACAUAGCAGUCAGAUACUAUUGAUUUAAAUUAUACUGGCUUAUUAGUAAGUGACAUUUUCAAGCCCCGGGAGAAAAAAAAAAAGAAAAGAUUUAAAGGCACUUCUAAUACAAUUUCCUUGAACUGUUCUGUAACUUAGACCUUCUAUCUGUAUAUUCAUCCCUCAUGAUGUAGUGUAUAUCAAAAGUCAGUUUUGUAAGUUUUUAGAAGUUAAGACAUAUAUUCAUAUCAAUGCUUCCAAGGCCCUUUUAUACUCCAGGAAACUUAGGGGACUUUGAAUCUAGAAUUACUGGCUCUUUCAGUAUUCAUUUUUAUGUACUUGGGGACCAGUGAGUCAAAAUCUUGCCAAGAUGAGCAAUUAUUACAUAUAAAUUAAAUGUUCCUUCAUACAGCCGUCAAUAUUGAAAAAUAGGAUAUUUCCAGUCAAGCAAAUUUCAAUAAUCAAAUGAACAAUUCUUGGAGAUGAUUUUUUUUUAUUUCUUUCUUUAUUUUUUUUCCAAAUAAUUUCCAUGUUUUUGAAAAUGAGAACUCAGUCAAAAGUGGUGACCCGUGCUUAUGAUAACACAUGAAACUUGCACGGCUGAUCAGUAAAGCAGGAAUUUUGAAGAUUUACAAGGAACACCUAUUAGUGGCAAUAUUAUGUAUAUAAAUAAGAAAAUAACAUAUCACUGAGCCUGAGUCCUUGCAAUCAGUAAAUUCCUUCUCUUUACACAUUCACUGCUUUAAAAAAAACUUCUCUUAUUGUCAUGAUCCUUGCCUUUGUACAUAUUUGCUAUAACUAUCAAACAACUUGCAGCUACUGGUAAACUUUUUCAGAUCUUUCAUGCCCAGAGGUGUCACUAUGUCAAACAACAGUCCCAGUCUCCCCUGCAUGUAAACAUGUUACCCUUUCUUACAUGAAUAUUUAAGCCAAAAUGUUAUGCAUGUAUUCCUACAGUACAUUCCAAAAAUUUUAAUUUUAAAUUAAAAGUUUAUUGUCAAAACAAAAAUAAAACUAAACUAAAAACAGGUUAAUCACUUUGGCUUUUAAACACAGCCUUUACUACAGCAUUGGCACCAGUCACUGGUGAGAUGGCACCAAACUUGUGAUCUCAAAGUAUCAGCCUCAAGAUUCCUCCAGACUAAUCUUUACUGUGAAACACAUGCACAAUCUUUAAUGUCAAAAGGAACAAUAGAGGGGCAAAAAUUACCUAAAUAAGAAAAAUGAUCAUUUCAAAACUCAACUCAAGAAAACAUUAUAGCUUUUUAAGUUAUCAGGACUUAUACUAAGAUUUUACUUUAAGAAACCAAUUGUAUUGCAAAUAUACAAAAAAUUGGAUCAACUCUGAUCAUUUAACCUGCCAAACAUGCUGGUCACCCGCACAAUGUUUUCCAAUACUACUUCCGUCAUAACUAGUCUCACCACAAGACACUCAGCUUAAGUAACAGUUUGGUGUGCAAAGGAGCAUGUAAAUAAAUAUACUUGCCAGCUCAAUAUUAAUGAAGAAAAAUUCAUUAUCAUUUGCACACUUUAAAAGAUCUUCUGUUUAAUCGUAAGUCCACAGCAUGGUAUAUUGGUUCCUACCAGUAGCAACUUUUGCCCAUCCACUUCCCUGUCUACCAGCUGGACAAAUUUUAGACAAGUGGUCAUAAUCAUGAGUUACUAUUUCAAGUAUCUUUUCUCCACAUGGUGAUCUGAUAGUCUUUUCCUCCAUUUGGUAGAAACACAUUUGAAUUAGGCAUAUUCAUUUCCAAGAAAUGUUCUUAACAAAGCCCCUGGCAGGAAACACAUCAUACCCUUUCCUGUCUUGCCCAGAAAACUGCACAGUAAUUUAUAUUGUUUAUCAACAAGAAUACUGUCAUUGCUUAACUCUUGGCAAGAUGUUGGUGUUAUAUGACCAACUCAGCUUAAUGGCUGCCUAGUUCAGGACAGUGAACCUCAUAUACUGUCAAAUACUAUGUAAACCCUUAAAUCACUUCUCAGAUAUUGCAGGAUAUAUGUAAAAAAAAUAUUUAGUUGUAAUUUUUUACAUACAGUAAAACCUAUGUAAUUCAGUA